UGAGUGGCCAGAGAGGUGGCCCAAAGACCAGCACAUCACAGGAGCUGGGGCAUGUGCUGGCUUGCUACAGGAUGAAGGAUUAUCUCUUUAAGAUAAGCUCCUCCCUGUUCCAAUGACUCUCCUGCACACACAAACAUAUAAGGUGCACAACAUUUUCUUUUUCAGACUCCCCAGAAGACUAGGGGUUUAAACACAGAGAAGAAAGGAAGACAAAGAAAAGGCACCCAUGAAGAAGAAAGUGGCCAUCAUUGGAGCUGGUGUCAGUGGCCUGGCUGCCAUCAGGAGCUGUCUGGAGGAGGGGCUGGAGCCCACAUGCUUUGAGAGGAGUGAUGAUGUUGGGGGCCUGUGGAAAUUUUCAGACCAUAUAGAAGAGGGCAGGGCCAGCAUUUACCAAUCAGUCUUCACCAACUCUUCCAAAGAAAUGAUGUGUUUUCCAGACUUCCCCUAUCCCGACGACUUUCCCAACUUCAUGCAUCACAGCAAGCUCCAAGAAUACAUUACUUCAUUUGCCAAGGAAAAGAACCUCCUGAAAUACAUACAGUUUGAGACACUUGUAACCAGUAUAAAUAAAUGUCCUGAUUUCUCAACUACUGGCAAAUGGGAAGUCACCACUGAAAAGGACGGUAAAAAAGAAACAGCUGUCUUUGAUGCUACAAUGAUUUGUUCUGGGCAUCAUGUAUUUCCCCAUGUACCAAAAGACUCCUUUCCAGGACUGAACCGUUUUAAAGGCAAAUGCUUCCACAGCAGGGACUAUAAGGAACCAGGAAUAUGGAAGGGAAAACGAGUCCUGGUGAUUGGCCUGGGGAACUCAGGCUGUGACAUUGCUGCAGAACUCAGCCAUGUAGCUCAGCAGGUCACCAUCAGCUCCAGAAGUGGUUCUUGGGUGAUGAGUCGGGUCUGGGACGAUGGCUACCCUUGGGACAUGGUGGUGCUCACACGGUUUCAAACUUUCCUCAAAAACAACUUACCCACCGCCAUCUCUGACUGGUGGUACCUAAGGCAGAUGAAUGCCAGAUUCAAGCACGAAAACUAUGGUUUGGUGCCUUUAAACAGAACACUCAGGAAAGAGCCCGUGUUCAAUGAUGAGCUCCCAGCCCGAAUCCUGUGUGGCAUGGUGUCCAUCAAGCCUAAUGUAAAGGAGUUCACAGAGACCUCUGCUGUGUUUGAGGAUGGGACCGUGUUUGAGGCCAUUGACUGUGUCAUCUUCGCCACAGGCUAUGGUUAUGCCUACCCCUUCCUGGAUGACUCCAUUAUCAAAAGCAGAAAUAAUGAGAUCACCUUGUACAAAGGCAUCUUCCCUCCUCAACUAGAGAAACCAACCAUGGCAGUGAUUGGCCUGGUCCAGUCCCUGGGUGCCGCCAUCCCCACAACUGAUCUGCAGGCACGCUGGGCAGCACAAGUAAUAAAAGGAACUUGCACUUUGCCUUCAGUAAACAACAUGAUGGAUGAUAUUGAAGAGAAAAUGGGGGAAAAGCUCACAUGGUUUGGCAAUAGCGCCACCAUCCAGACAGAUUACAUUGUUUAUAUGGAUGAACUGGCCUCCUUCAUUGGCGCAAAGCCCAAUCUCCUAUGGCUGUUUCUCAAGGAUCCCAGAUUGGCCGUAGAAGUGUUCUUUGGCCCUUGCAGUCCCUACCAGUUCCGGCUGGUAGGCCCAGGAAAGUGGUCAGGAGCCCGGAACGCCAUCUUAACGCAGUGGGACCGAUCACUGAAGCCUAUGAAGACGCGUGUCGUCAGUAAAGUUCAGAAGUCUUGGUUUUACUUUUAUUCCCGUUUGCUCAGGUUCCUGGCUGUUGCCGUUCUGCUCAUUGCUUUAUUCCUUGUGUUGAUCUGAUUGUGGGUCCCUCUAGAAUUUCUGAGAGUCACUGACAACAACCAGACAAGAACUUUGCUAUUUAAAAAUUAAGAUUUUCACACCUCUCCCUUUCCUGUUCAAGAUCUUUUGCCAGAACUCUAGAUGUAAAUUAGUAAACAAGACAAUGUUUUGCUCUGGCUUUGUAACUCAGCCCCUUUCAGAAUCAUGCUGAUCUGCAGUGGGCUAAGUCCCUUUCUCUUUAAGUUCCACCAACAAUUUGUAACAAGAAUGGUGUUUUUAUGGACAACUUGUAUCAUCUCUUGAAACAGUUGGACAUGAUUCCUUUUCUCUUUUAAACAAUGCUUGAAAGAUAUACUUCAUAUCAAGACAGUGAAUAAAAUAGAGCAUUUAGAAUAUGAUCUUCUUGGGCUGCAUCUAUAAACUAUUUGUGAAGUUGA